AUGGACGAUCAAAUCCUGGACGAAAAUGAGGGCAACGAAUUUGCACACGAUGCGGAGCGUUUUGCGAAGGCCCUUGAUGUGAUUUCAGGAUCCUCGCAGAGCCCAUCGGAAAAGCGCGCCGAUAUAUUCAAGCUCGUGGAUGUGUACUAUGAGCUCGCCGCCGGCAAGGUCCAUAGCCUUCGACCUGCUCAGAAAUCCUCCACGUAUCAGCGCCCCUCCAUGGAGGAGUCAGAUGAGGACAUGGAUGUCGACGAGGCCGAAACUGAUGGGCAGAAGGCCUCAAUCGACGGUUCAGUUGAGCACUGGGAGCUCGAGGCUCAGACAUGGGACUUAUUACGAAGGCUGCUACCGUUGCGAUACCCAGACAGGAAGAUCACACAACCUAAACGUCGAGAGCCGUCAAGGUUUCAGACUGGACCGGAACUCUGGGAUGAGUUUCUGCAAACAGAGUCUACCGCUCAAGAGCGCAAGGCUAUCUUGGAGGUGUUACAAAAGACAGCAGAUGAAUCACGUCCCGAUAUCGAUGACAUAGUACGCGACUACCAGCAAAAGGCGGAAAGAGGUGACAUACUUGCAUUUGGUUGGCUCCAUACACGAUCGGCCAUCAAAAUGCAGAAGCGCAUCAAUGGAUGGACUGGCCCCCUAGACCCCAGCUCGGCUGAUGUCACCUCGCAACACACCGACUCUAACGGAACACCGCUUGUUAGCCAACUUGAUCCCGAUGUAGUCACAAGACAAAGUCGCAAGCUCCAACCCCAGGAUGAGUACUUUGAGCGCGCCAUAUGGAUUGGUUGCUAUGAACUACUCCGGAGAGGUAGAAGCUUGGCGGAGAUUCGCGACUGGUGUGUUGAAAGAACGGAGGUGUGGCGUGCGGUGAGUAUGUCUGCCAUGCCUCUGUCCAGGGAGACCGAGGAUGACCGCGCAGUUUCCAAUCCCCUAGCUAUUUUGCUCUGGCGAAGAACAUGUUUCGCACUGGCACGACAAGGAGGGUCGGAUGACUACGAAAGAGCUGUAUAUGGCAUUCUUUCUGGCGACAUUCAAAGCGUGGAGAAAGUGUGCCAGACAUGGGACGACUACGUCUUCGCACACUACAAUGCACUAUUGCGAACCCAGUUCGACAGCUACAUUAUGAAAAGGUCGGCACCAGAGGCUACUCAAGCCAUCACCCAAUCCCUAUCCGCCUUUAACGCCGUUCAAUUUCAUGGUGAUCCCACAUCUGUUGGCGAACGUCUGGUCACAUCCCUCGAGACCAACUCUGCCACCUCCAAAGAAGCCAAGACACCCAUGAAAUCCCUUCAAGCAGCUAUUGUCUCUGAUACCGUGAGCCAGUAUAUAAUCAACAAUGGAGUGUUUCUCGGCCGCUCCGCAAACCAGAAGGGCGUUUCUGCAUUGAUACCAGCAUAUGGCAAGCAAAACUCGGACUUGGACGACACCAAGUACUUCACAUUGAAGGAUGAGAACCAGUUGCGUGUCCUUGUUCACGUUUACUUGUUGUUAUCAAGCCUUGAUAAACUGCAUGGGGUUGGAGAGGACGACAUGGAAUCCCAGAAGGCACAAGAGAACGUGGUUGCAUCCUAUGUCAGCGCCUUGCGGUUGAUGGAUCUGUUCGAACUGAUUCCAAUAUACUGUUCGAAACUUCAAGGAGAACGUGCCUUCUUCACUCUCAGCAGAAACUUCGCCGGCCUAGCGGAUUUGGAAGAGCGCAGAACAAUGCUAAGAAUUAUGGAGAAGUUGGGCAUGGACAUUGGCGAGUUCGUGGUGUUCCAGCCCCUGUCACUCCUGAAGGAACACCCCGAAAACAUCAACUACCUUCCGGUGGAUAGUUUCACCAUUUUCACAAAUGAUCCUCCAUCCUUGAAGUAUGGGCGUCGCCUCAAACCAGACUUCUUGGGUGAGGCCCCGGAAUCGCUCGAUCCUGUUGAUGAGCAAUUAAUCCAGUCCCUCGAGUGGAUGAUGCUCGUGGACGGCUUGUGGGAUGAGACUCUGAGUACUGGCGUAGCAAUUUACAAACGCUUUUUGAAGCACUAUAAUAUUCAUGCAGCACGCGCCCUGUCUGACAGAGUCAAAUGCGCAGACAUUUUCAGACAUAAGGCCAGAUUGGCCAUUUCUGAUGACACAGACCUGUCAUGGUUUACGGACAUUGACGACAACGAUCCUCUUCUCUACGAGGAUGGCACUCCUCGACAGAUGGUGACAGCUCGCAAUUAUCUAGAGCUUGAGUCCCUUGUGCGUGCCUUGGAUUGCAUGGAGACGGUGGCCUCGAGUGCUGGAAUCGCCCACGAGCCUGCACGAGAUGCAUUGACUCGAGAUUUCUGGUCUCACCUGGGCGGACAGGUCAAGCUAAUCAAGAGCUUUAUGCAGCCGCUGCUCCGUGGCUGGCUCAAAGAAAGCAUCGACGAAGAGGAAGAAUUCGAGCUACUCCGAGAAAUGUACUUGCCCGAAAUAAUACUGGGCUACGUAAGCGUACUGCACUUUGCCGGUACAAGCCUGUCGCGGGACAACCUCCUCGAGUGUAUGGAGCUCGCGGCCCUCAUUGCGGAAAAGGAUUCGGACAUUGCAGGUGUGCUGAUGAAAUGUGGGCGCAUGGAGGAACUUGUCAAGGGAUUUGCCAAUGGCAGCAAAGCGCUGGCAGUCAGUGGUGGCGAUAAGAAGGUCGGUGGUGGUGGGAGCAGCAAGAAGAUGCGGGAGAUGGGCUGGUCGAGGGACUUGUGGAGUGUCAAGCGUUGA